AUGAUUAAGGAAAUGGAGACUUUCGCCGCCCGUCUCGCCAGCUUUGAUCUGGUUCUCCAUCCCGAACGACGACGGACAUCGAGCGCAAAGUCCGUCAAGCCGAUAUCUUGGCCUCAUAGUAGGCCGUCGCCUGCAGAGCUAGCGCAUGCAGGAUUCUACUACAAUCCCUACGAGACCAACCCCGAUAACACAACAUGCUACUUAUGCCAGCGCGCGCUCGACGGGUGGGAAUCGGAGGAUAACCCGAUUACUGAGCACCUUAAACACUCAAAGGAUUGCGGAUGGGCUAUUAUGAUGGACAUCGAGCAGCACAGCUCAAAUCCCGCUGAAAUUGAAGAUCCAACAAGCGACAGGAUAGCGCAGGCAAGACAAGCCACUUUUGGCGAUCAAUGGCCGCACGAUGGCAAGCGGGGCUGGGUUUGCCAGUCUGAAAAGAUGGUGGAAGGGGGAUGGUACUUUUGUCCGACUGAGGAGAGCAAUGAUUUAGCCAGUUGUGCUUACUGUAAACUGUCUCUCGACGGAUGGGAACCCAAAGAUGACCCUUUUGAGGAGCACUACCGACGAUCAGCGGAUUGUUCGUUCUUUGUCUUUGCACAGCCUCCUGGCAAGAAGUCAAAAUCUUCUCGAUCAAAAAAGUCGCGCGUUUCAAAAGCGUCGUCUCGUCUCUCGACCCAGUCUACAGUAUCGGAAGCGCCCAUGACCGCGCUUGACAACCAAAUGGAUGAGGAUGAUAUUCCUCAGCCGCCAACAAAAACGAAAGCCCCCAAGAAGUCAUCGAAAUCCAAAUCGAAGACCUCGAAAUCUAAGAAGGAUGAUACCUUGGAGCCUGAUAACCAGAUGGAUUUAGACACCAUGGAAUAUGCCCAACCCGAACCUGCCAAGCCCAAGCGGACCAGAGGCAAGAAAAGGUCUAGCGAGGAAAUGGACCCAGAAGAGUCUAACAUAGCUAUUGCUGAGGUUAUUCAUCAAUCCGAACCUCCGACCAAGAAGAGAGCGACAAAGUCGCGCAAUAGUGCUACUCAGCGAGAAGACAGCACUCGCGGUGACGUUGCUAUUGCAGAUGUACAUGAGGCGGACGAAGAGGCCUUGCUCGAAGCUGAAGCUAAGAAAGGGCGUGCGACCACCAAGAAGAAGACAUCUUCCAAAAGUCGGAAGGUUUCAGAGGAUUCAUUGGUAGAAAAGGCAGCUCUGGAAACUCGCUUACCGCGAGAUUCCGAGAUGGAUGCAGCAAUUGAAGCCGAACUCGAAGCCGGGGAGCCUAUGGUUGAAGAGCCUCCGGCGGAAACACACAAGUCUUCGAAGAAAUCGAAGUCCAAAAAGAAAACAAAGAAGGCAGCAGAAGAGCCACCCAUGGUGCAGCAUGAUAUUGUCGAGCGAAACGAAGAGCAAGAGUUGCGUCGAGUCGACGACGAUGAAUUUAUUUAUAGGCGGACUAGUGACAUUCAGUUGCCAGCCGAGCAGCCGAAACCAGCUAAAUCCGCUACCAAGCAGAAAACCUCAAAAGAAGAAAGGCUUUCAGAAAAGAAAACAUUUGAGUCACCUAGGAGUCGCCCAGCAACUAUAGUUGACUUGCCAGAAGUUGACGCUGAAGCUGAUCGCAGGCACCAAGGGUCUUUCGUGUCGGUGGAGGUAACAGCAAGGGAUCCAGAGCAAGACUUCGAACCCGAAAAGAGAGAUAGUGGCUCUCAAAUGAAGAAGGCGACCAAGAAGUCCUCGACCAGCAAAGCGAAGAAAACUAGUCACGCAAGGGCCACAUCUCCAGAGUCUGGAACUCCUGCAUCCGAAAGGCCUGAUACAAGGCAUAGUUUGAAGCCGGAGGCACCUUUGCAACCCGAACAAAAAACAAUUUCUCCUCACAGUCAAGACCAAGUACAAGAGCAAGAGCUGGAGCCAGAAUCGGAACCAGAGCUAGUGCAAGACCCUGAAGACGACAUAGAGCAAGAUAGGGAGGUAGACCCGGAGCCGGAGCCGCACCUGGAAGUCAACGAAACGCCUGUCCGUCGCCGGUCAUCCAAAGUCCCGCCGAAGACGGCUGAGAGAUUCAGCGACAUCCCCCAAGAGAAGCAAUUUGCCAAGUCGAUUGCGGAAACUCGAACGCCGAAUUCCCAUAAAGUGCCACAAGCUAGAAUACACUCUAGCCGACAGGAAAGCGAUGCGGUGUCGCCUCUUCCUUCCACUUCGAAGAGUUCGCCAUCUUCAUCGCCCCAGUCUUCCGAUGCUGAGAACCAACCUCCAACCAUACAACUAUCGGCUCCAAGGGCGCAACUAGCAUCACCGUCCAAGGAGAAAACGGUUCGAAUUCCCUUGGCAACCAGUACGCCCUCGCCGUCCAAACGAAAUGCGGACUCUGGCGCACUCAGGAGCUUACACCCCUGGACACCUAUUGACAUAGACGAAAUUCUCUACGCCUCAAUGAGCGAUAAGGAGAACGUGGAUGUAGGGGCUGCUCUGAACAGUAUCAAAGGAGAUCUUACAAGUCCCGAGAAGAAGAUGACUGUAGAAGAGUGGGUUUACUGGCAUGCUCGGAACGGAGAAGAAAAGCUCAAGCGCGAAUGUGAGAGAUUGGUCAGUCAGUUCGAGAAGGAAGGGGCCAGAGCGAUGCGCGCACUGGAAGGGAUCGAGUGCAUUGAUUGA